AUAAAUAUUAUUAUUGUGUUUUUAUUAUAGUUAUUAUGUUACGUCAUUAUUUAAUAGUGUGUUCCGUGAUACUUAAUGUGUUUUGUGAACUAUUAAAUUUGCAUGAAGGUGCAAAAUGUAAAGAUGGCGACGCACUGGGCCUCUGUGUCAGUAUAUACAAAUGUCAAAAUGCACAAUUUUUUCUCAAAACGAAACAAUUUCCACCGAUAUGUUCUUUCCAUGGAAAGGACCCGAUCGUGUGCUGUACAGACUGUUAUAUCGUAGAUGAUAUCAGACAGAUCGUGUUCAAUCCAGGAGCUGGACUGCUGCCCUUGACAGGACAGAAAGCCAACGACAAAUGCGUCAGCUAUGUGGAUGAACUGGAUUAUCCAUGCAAGAGUAGAGGCAGCUUCUCCAGAAAACUGGAUCAUAAUUUCGACUGUUAUCGACUUCGUUACACGAUAGGGUCCAACCGACGACCUUACACGGAGUCAUACUUCGCUUUGUUAGGAUAUGGAGAACAUCAAAACACGACUGAAUGGAGAUGUGCUGGUACGAUUGUAAGCGAAAACUUCAUUCUUACUGCAGCGCACUGUCUGAUGCUGGAAAAGCUAGGGCAUGUGAAAUAUGUAGCUGUGGGGAUUUCAAAUCGUAUGAAUGCUACUGAAUGGCAGAAAUAUGACGUCAAGAGAGUCUUCCCUCAUCCGGAGUACCAGGCCGGUUUAAAAUAUCAUGACAUCGCUCUAAUGGAGACAAAAACGAUAAAGUUCAGCCGGCAAGUGCUUCCAGCGUGUCUGCAUUCAGAUCCGGAGAUCACCGGUACUGAUGAAGCAGGUGUACUAAUUUGGAGUUCAACUGGCGAACAACAGGAAGAAUUAGAAGUGUUCUCCACAUAUGAAUUCAGUGAAGUCCAAUGCUCCUUCUACUACCCCCCUCAUGAUGAACUGCCUCUUGGGUUUAACGCCAGCACACAAAUCUGCUAUGGAGAUGUCAAGAAACCUGAAGAUUCCUGUCAGAGUGACAGCGGGGGUCCUUUACUAUACAGAAGACGAGCUUUCCACUGUACUCGCCUGAUCCUGGGGGUGAUGUCCAUCGACAGGACCUGUGGACCCACGUACAGUUCAGGAAUGUACACCAAAGUCAUACAAUAUAUACCCUGGAUUGAAAGCAUUGUGUGGCCUUGAACAAUGAUGAUAAUACGCAAUGGAGGCUAACGUUUUCCUCACCAGAUGGCGCAUAUGUAGGAAUGGAUUUAUUGACCAAUCACAGCAGGUGUUAAAUUUUGAACGUCCAUUAAUCUGACACUGGCUAAUACCCUGGUAAUAAAAUAAUAAUGGAUGAAGAACGAGAGGAAUAUACUAGCGACAUCUGAUGGGCAAAAAUUCGGUAGGCCUCGUUGUGACUCCUCUGGUGUUGCGGGUGGAAAUAGAUGACGCUGAUUGCAUACCAUUAAUUGGCUUUUUUUAAGGGGGGAAAUCAUCCAAUGACUUAUCGCGUCAUGGAUUAGGCGAGAGAGACUGUCAGACCCUUAUUGACUAAAAACCACUCCGUUCCAACUCCUGCCCUUCUAGCCGGAGCCCCGGCAGCCAGUUAGGCCUUCCUAAGUGACAUUAUGUCCGCCUUCUUUUUAACGACCUUGACACCAUAAUUUACCAUGAACAAGUCAUCUUCGUACCCUAUCAUCAUCCCAGGUAUCCCUUUUCAUCAUCAACAGCCUAUAAAUGCCAAACUGCUGACCACAGGUCUCUUUUCACACGAAGAAGGUUUGAGCAUUAAUCACCACGGUUGCUCAAUGCGGGUUGGCGAUUUCAAAUGUAACUCGGAAGUCGUCACAUUGUAACGUGCCGUUGGUAGGUUUCGAACCUGCACUUAUGCCACCACGACACGACAUACCUCGUAUUUUUUUUGUUUGUUUUUUCAUUAUUGUUCAAUUUUUAACCUAAGUUAAGU